AUGUGUCCAAGACUCACCGUCGUGUUUUUGCUCGUUCUUGUUGCCGUCUCCAUGUUCCCACAGACGUACGCCUUCACUGCUGGAGCAGGGAAUAUUGGUAAACGAGGCGAGAAUUAUUUCCAGGUAAAUUAAACCACUUAAGAUAUUUCUUUUCUGGCACCUACCACGUUUUCUUCUUCUUGAAAAUAAUUAUUUUAUCACGCAUAACACUUUAUCAUCUUUAUCUGACUUACGGCAGGCUCACUCGAUCAAACAUUUAAGCGAAAUAACUGAUAACGUAUGGUCACAAUUUAACCCUGAUCAUUAAUAGACAAAUAUUUCCGACAGUCAGGCAGCUAACUUUCACCGUUUAGAUUGCCCAAGGCAUUACAAAUUAACAAAAAUCCUAGGCCAAUUUUUCAGUACUCAAGAGACCUACAUGAGACAAAUGUUAUGAUCGUCACUUAUUUUCUCUGAGUCACAUCUGUGAUAGACAAAUAAUUUUCGUUUCACAUGUUUGCCAUUGUUUUAUGUAUUUUUGAAAUAAUUCUAAUUUUCCGCUUAGUGCUUUUUCCACAAAAUUAAAUGUUUAAUCCUUUUUAAGUUACAUCAGUAAGCUAAUAUAUGUUAACCAACAGACUGCCAAUAUUAGCCAAUCACAUCGCCAUGUGCUCUUUUCAAUUGAGACAUAAAGCUAAAAUUCCAUAGUCAUAAAGCGGGCGAAAUGCUUCGAGCCAUCCAUUUCUGACUUCGCUUUCAGAGAUAAAAGAAAUAAUUCUCACUUUUUUAGCUUUGUCUUUUAUCAAAGAACGAAGAAAUUAGAGCAACGACAAAUUGACGUUUCAAACAUCUCCCCUGUAUUGUUUCAUUAAAUAAGUAAAUUUGAUUACUAUUUCCUUCCAUACGUGUCGGUCAGUUUGGCUGACUGAAAAUUAUACAAUUUGCCCCUAACGAGAUAAACCAUCUGGAAAACUCGCUGGUCGUUGAGACCACGGUAACAUUCAUUAACUUGCUCUGUUUCCAGUGAACGGAUAAAUUACUGAAACUAGCUUUCACUGAUGUCAAAAUUUAAUUGUCACAAAGAAGUGUUAAAAAAAGAUUGCUUGAUAUGGUAAUGAAAGUCAUACAUACGUAAACUGCCGCCUUCUUCGUGUGCAGGAAAUGCAUUAUGCUCUAAGCAAUAACUCAGUAUUGAACAUCGGUGACGGAAAGCGGAAAGUCACAAGAUAUCUAACCAUUCAACCAAAUUUUGGCUAUUAAAGCAAUACUCAAUUAGCUGAUUGAUAAGUUGUUGAUGAAUUUUACAUGCCUCCGUCUUAUUCUUCUGCUGACAGCCUAGGCAGUUUUGCUUACUCUCCAAGAGGAAACUGGGCACGAGCUUGCGUUACCAAGAUUUCUUAACCAGAACUAUAUUAGGAAGUGUAUUUGUAUGGGAAGGUUCCAUCGAAAAAUAGCAAGAAAACAACAUCGUAAUUAACCCUGUCCGUUUUUUUUACUUUCUUUAAGAAAAUCUUGGCCGUUACCGUUAUUUGCAUUUUUGGAAAUGGAAAAGAGGUCGAUUUAAGGGCGAAAUAAUUUCAAAAAUUGAAAGAGCGUCUCAGAGGUUUUAGCAUCGUAUGAAAUUCGGUGCUUCAUGAGAGUAAAACUCAUUGAGAUAUUCACCAUUGCAAACGGCCAAUUUCGUGGCUGGCAAAAGCGCUAGUGAGCCCUUACAUUCUUUGUAAAAUUUUUGAUUUUUAAUAUCGUGUGUUUGCGAGAAUUUUACCACUAUCGGGAUAAAUCUUUGAGAGAAGGGUACGACCUAUAUUUCGAUAACUCAGCACCAAAAUGUUUUCAGUUUCCUGUAACCAAUAAUUAGUUCGUCAGUUUUUCGAUUCGAACAACAUCAGCCUCAGGCGUCAAAAGUCAUUUAAGUCUGCAUUUGUCUUGAACUAAGUUGUUGUAGACAAAUCAUGAUAUUUCAGCGAUAAAAAAUAUUUGAAAGCUGAAAAAUACGCCCGGAAAAACCUUCGGCAUCGUCUUUAAAAGAAAAGUGUUAAUUCGCAAAAAAAUUAGCUCAUUUUUCUGGUGUAACAGAUGUUUUUUAAGAUUUGUUUAUUCAAAUAAAAUGUUCGUUUUGUAUCUAAAUUGAUCCAAUUCAUAUCUCUAUUUGUGAUAAAUUGAAACUGAAAAGUUUUGAAUUAAAUAUUGUCACUAGUGAUGUCUAAGCGAUGCGUGGGGGACAUUUAUCACAACCUUGAGAGCAGAAAACGUAAGCAAUAUUACAAUAUGUUAACAGUAAUUGACGAAAACACGUUGACUUAAUUAAUAUUUAGACGUAUUGAAAAUUUAGAGUUACAUCUGAAGAAUUUCUCCUCAAAGAAAAUGUGGCAAAGAUUUAUUAAGGAAGUCAUACGUACUUUUCACAUAUUGGAAAUCUGUUUUGAAAAGCUUUCUAAGACGUUAGCUGAAAUACUUCCCCAUAAAAUUCACACACUAGAAAGAAUGCUCCCUGUCUAAAAACAGAUAAUUCUAUUUGGUGUAUUUACAAACGUUUACAAUUGAAUUACUGCUGAUAUUGUCACGAUUCCUUAUUCAAUUAAACAAAAUUAUACAAACGGCUCUGGAAAUAAGUGAAUUAACAGCGCAUAUCUACUUUACGUGGGAUAAUUUACAGAUGGGUUGCAUAUUUUGUUAGUUUAAUUCACUUCCUUUUUCCUUUUCUUUCUGUUGCUUAAAGAAGAAAACAGGAUCAUUUUAUCGAGACUGGGGACAAUAAUAAUCUCGUCAAAUGUCGGUUAUGUUUAAUUACCGGUUUUAAUGUGUUAUCAUUUAGCGUCACUUACUUUCGCCCGCGCGUUACUAUCGGCCGGAAAAAUACUAAUCACCAAAUAUUUAAAAGCGGUUUGACUAAGAGAGAACCUCAAAGUAGAAUUGGAUUAAGAUACGACAACUCUGUUCUCACUACACCAGCUUAUCUGUCGAAAAUGAUCUCAAAAGUGCGCGUUUUUUUCUUGCUGGUUCUAAUUGCCGUCUCUAUGUAUCCUCGAACGCUCGCAUUCACAGCCGGAGCGGGCAAUAUCCGGGGUAAACGAGGUGCCAAUAACAUUCAGGUA